ACCCUGACACUUACCCCAGACAUGCUGUUGCUGCUGCUGCUGGCCCUGCUGUGGGCAGGGUCCCUGGCUCAGCAUCAAGAAUUCCAGCUGCGAGUGCAGGGGUCCGUGACGGUGCAGGAGGGCCAGUGCAUCUUCGUGCCCUGCACUGUGAUCUAUCCCAAGAUAGGCUGGACUGAGUCUGACGUAGCUCAUGGCUACUGGUUCCUGGAAGGGGCCAAGUCAGGCGAGGAUGAUCCUGUGGCCACAAACAACCCCAAUCGUAAAGUGAAGGAUGGGUCCAGGGGCCGAUUCCGCCUUGUCGGGGACCCCCGGACCUCCAACUGCUCCCUGCACAUCAGAGAUGCACAGAAAACAGACACAGGGAAAUACUUCUUUAGGGUGGAGCAAGGGUCCUGUGUGAAAGAGAAUUACAAAAACAUGCUUUCUGUACAUGUGACAGAAAAUAAAUCAGGUCAAGAUCUGGUGCCAGACAUCCACAUCCAAGGGACCCUGGAAUCUGGACACCCCAACAACAUUACCUGUACAGUGUCAUGGGCCUGUGACAGAGAGACACCACCCAUCUUCUACUGGAUGGGGCCCAACCUCCCACCCCUGGGUCCCAGGACUCCCAACUCCUCAGUGCUCACCCUCACACCAGGGCCUCAGCACCACGGCACCAACCUCACCUGCCGGGUGGACUUGCCAGGUGGUGAGAUCAGGGAGAGGACCAUCCAGCUCAACGUGACCUACCCCCCACAGCUGCAGGGACCCUCCUGCUCCUGGGAGGAUGAGGGUCUCCACUGCACCUGCUCCUCUCGAGCCCAGCCAGCCCCCUCCCUGCGCUGGUGGCUCGGGGAGGCCCUGCUGGAGGGGAACUACAGCAAUGCCUCCCAUACGGUCACCUUCCACUCAGCAGAGCCCUGGGCCAACAGCUCCCUGAGCAUCCGUGGGGAGCUUACGUCCAACCUCAGGCUGGCAUGUGAGGCCCAGAAUGCCCACGGGAAAGAGACAGUGACUGUCCUGCUGCUGCCAGGGAGACCAGGAUAUAGGACAGGAGUGAUUCAAGGGGCUGUUCGGGGAGCUGGUGCCACAGCCCUGCUGGCUGUCUGCCUUGGCCUCAUCAUACUGAGGAUCUGCAGACAAAAGUGGUCAGAGAAGGCAGAGAGCCAGAAAGAUGUCUCACAGGAGCUGACUGGAGCCCAGAAAAAGCAUCUCCGAAAAGAAAGGUGUGUCAGGGUCUGAUUCUUAAACAGCUAACAGCCCUCUGAGCCAAAGGUCAUGAAUGGAAUCAUGAAGUUCCUGGGAGUGGCUGAAGUGGCAGAGAUUCCUGGGAUCGAUUCCAGGCUCAGCUCCACUUGAGGGUGUUCCAGCAGGCAAGUCACUUUACCUCUGUGUGCCUCAGUUUCCUGCUCUGUAACAUGGGGGAUAAUUCAAUGACCUACAUUGUUAAGUGAGAAAACAUGCACCAUUGGCAUUAAGGACAUUGUUAUGUACCAAGUUCACCUCAGGUCAAAGGGAGAGGUCACUUUUGUCUCUACCUCUAUCUUCUACUUGGUUGAUGAUUUUAAGAACAUGUGUUAUCUUCAUUGGGUGGAGAGGAACUUGUAUGAUUUUAAAAUAUUUCUAUUUCUAAAUGUAACUCCUUGGCAGGAGAAGAUAUUUCCCAAUACAUGUAUGUGACAAAGGCUUCAUCCAGAGUCAAUAAAGACUGUGUAAAGAUCUUCCAAAAAUCAGUGAGAAAAAGGCAGACAACCCGAGAGAAAAAAUGGGAUGUUCAAAGGGCCAACAAGCACAUGGGAAGGUGGCAGGCUUCAGUAGCAAUCAGGGAACUGCAAAUGGAAACUGCGGUACUCUGCCCCCACACUGGCGAAAAUAAUAAAAAGAAUAUAAAAAAUACCAGGUGUUGAGAACAUAUCACUGAGUGAAAAAAAAAUCCAGUCACAGAAAGACAGACACUGUUAUCCCAGUUACACACUGUAUCUGCCGCCAUUAAACUCUGAAAAACAGAGGGCACAGGGCCCCCCACCAGAGGGGCUGAUUAACUCCUGCAUGAACAGGAGUCAGAGCCUCAUCUGGGAGCUGUGCUGGGUCCCCUACGGUGUAGGACUCGUAAUGUUCCAGUGAGAGUGGGGGAGAAGGGUAGUAGGGGUCCCUGUGAGGAGAAGGCAGUGCUCACUAAAUCAUUCAUUCACUCACUCACUUAUGCAUUCAUUCAUUCACAAGCAGUCAGUGAGCAUCUAAGUGUCAGUUGGCUGAAGACAAGACAAGAGGGGACCUGUGGAUCUGCUCCAUGUCCCUGAGAAAGUCCCCACCAGAGACCUCCCUCCCUCCCAACACAGGAAGGCAGUUUUAGAGCUGCGGUCACUGGUCAGUUUACCAUGUUUCCUGUUCACAUGCUGUGCAUUUUCUAACAAUGUAAGUGCAGGAUUUUUUUAAAUCUAAUAAGCUGAGGAAGUACAAUACUGUUUUCCAAAGCAGAUGCACAGUUUUAUAACAUAGAGCAAGGCAAAGG